AUAGUGUUCAUCUUUGCUUUGGCCGGCUUCUUGCCAUUCUACUUGAUUCUCAUCUUCCUGUUGCCAGAACCACGAUCCGCGGCUGCCUCAGGACACGGAGCCACCGACGGAUCUAGCAUCGGCAAAUUCUUCACCUUUUGCAAAAGACCCAAUCAGACUCGAAGACUUGGUAAUGCUCGAAGUAAACUAGGGGUUACUGAUGCGGAUGAUGAUGAUGCCGUCGAUAACGAUGACAAUGGCACAGAUGAAGUCUGUAUUUUGAGCCAAGAUGCUGAGGACAAUCAGCAAUGCUGCUCACACACGGAUGGUCAUGAUGACGAGCAGUUGAUUCAACCUGACGUAGAGCCUGACGACGAGAUCACUCAGAGCUUGGUCUCUCGACUCCAUAAGAACUUGAGGAUUACAUUUAACGUAAGCAUGAGGUAG